CAACCCGCUCCGGCCGGAAACCGGCGUUUGUUUCCGGCCGGACGGCCGAAAACCACCGAUCCUGAACCAGCCGCCGGAGUCAGAGUGGCGACCGAGUGUGGAGCAGGCAAAAAGCCACUGGGGGAGGCCAGUCCGGAUCAGUCCCGUCUGGCUCCAGCUCCUGAUCCUGUGCGGAGCAACAACCGCGGUCGCAUUCUCCGCCGCCGCCUCCGACUCCAUCGUCGUCGGGGGAGGGGCCGGCCGGACCCCGGGGUCACAGCCGUGGAAUGAGGAGAGGCAGCCGGGCCCCGCGCUCCGCCCCGGCCUAGGGCCUUGCCCCGGGAGUCGCGAGGGUGGAGGCCUGAAUUUUGAUCUGUGUCCUCCCUACAUUAGCUGCCUGAAAGUACUUAAUGAUCACAUGACCCUGGACAUGGAUGCUGUCCUAUCGGAUUUUGUCCGUUCCACAGGAGCAGAGCCAGGGUUGGCCCGAGAUCUCCUGGAAGGAAAGAAUUGGGAUGUGAGCGCCGCCCUCAGUGAUUUUGAACAGCUACGUCAGGUCCAUGCUGGGAACCUAGCCCCACCCUUUGGUGAAGGGAGUGGUGGCUCCAGGACCCCUGACAAAGGGCUUUCUGAUAGAGAGUCUGCUCGUCCUCCCCGCCCCACCCUACAGCGGCAGGAUGACAUCGUUCAAGAAAAGCGCCUGUCUAGGGGCAUCUCCCACGCCAGCUCCAGCAUUGUUUCCCUGGCCCGGUCCCAUGUCUCCUCCAAUGGUGGGGGUGGGGGGAGCAGUGAGCACCCCCUGGAAAUGCCCAUCUGUGCCUUCCAGCUUCCAGAUCUCACUGUGUACAAUGAAGACUUUCGCAGCUUCAUAGAGAGAGACCUCAUUGAGCAGUCCAUGCUGGUUGCCUUGGAACAGGCAGGGCGUUUGAACUGGUGGGUGAGUGUAGACCCCACCUGUCAGAGGCUCCUUCCUUUGGCAACUACUGGAGAUGGAAAUUGCCUCCUGCACGCAGCCUCUCUUGGGAUGUGGGGUUUCCAUGAUAGGGACUUGAUGCUGAGGAAAGCUUUGUAUGCACUGAUGGAGAAGGGAGCUGAGAAGGAAGCAUUAAAACGACGCUGGAGGUGGCAGCAAACUCAGCAGAAUAAAGAGUCAGGACUGGUGUACACAGAGGAUGAAUGGCAAAAGGAAUGGAAUGAGCUGAUCAAGCUUGCCUCAAGUGAACCCCGCAUGCAUCUAGGUACCAAUGGAGCCAACUGUGGUGGGGUGGAGAGUUCAGAAGAGCCUGUGUAUGAGAGCCUGGAAGAAUUCCACGUCUUCGUCCUUGCCCACGUGCUUAGGAGGCCCAUAGUCGUGGUGGCGGACACCAUGCUGAGGGACUCUGGUGGGGAAGCGUUCGCCCCUAUUCCCUUUGGGGGAAUCUAUCUGCCCUUGGAGGUUCCAGCCAGCCAGUGUCACCGCUCCCCUCUGGUGCUCGCCUAUGAUCAGGCCCACUUUUCUGCACUCGUGUCCAUGGAGCAGAAGGAGAAUGGCAAGGAACAAGCUGUGAUCCCACUUACAGAUUCAGAGCAUAAGCUGCUGCCCUUGCACUUUGCCGUGGACCCUGGAAAGGGCUGGGAGUGGGGCAAAGAUGACAAUGACAAUGUCCGACUGGCCAGUGUAAUCCUGUCCCUGGAGGUCAAAUUGCAUCUGCUGCAUGGCUACAUGAAUGUGAAGUGGAUCCCAGUGUCCUCUGAUGCGCAGGCUCCCCUGGCCCAGCCUGAGUCCCCCACAGCCUCAGCUGGAGAUGAGCCCCGGUCUACCCCCGAGUCUGGGGAAUCAGACAAAGAGUCAGUUGGCAGCAGUUCUGCCAGCAAUGAGGGCAGCAAGCGGAAAGAGAAGUCAAAGCGAGAUCGGGACAAGGACAAGAAGAGAGCAGAUUCUGUGGCUAAUAAACUGGGCAGUUUUGGCAAAACCUUGGGUAGCAAACUCAAGAAGAACAUGGGAGGCCUGAUGCACAGCAAGGGCUCUAAGCCUGGAGGGACAGGAACGGGGUCAGGGGGAAGCAGCGGCACUGAGACACUGGAGAAGAAGAAGAAAAACUCAUUGAAGAGCUGGAAGGGUGGCAAGGAGGAGGCAGCUGGGGACGGGCCUGUAUCUGAGAAGCCCACAUCUGAGUCCGCUGGUAAUGGAGGGAGCAAGUAUAGCCAGGAGGUGAUGCACAGCCUGAGCAUUAUGCGGAUUGCAAUGCAAGGGGAGGGGAAGUUUAUUUUUGUUGGAACUCUGAAGAUGGGUCACCGUCACCAAUAUCAGGAGGAGAUGAUCCAGCGCUACCUUUCUGAUGCCGAGGAGAGAUUCCUGGCAGAGCAGAAGCAGAAGGAGGCAGAGAGGAAGAUCAUGAAUGGAGGGGUAGGGAGUGGGCCUCCUCCAGCCAAGAAGCCAGAGCCAGAUGGCGGGGAGGAGCUGCUGACUGCCCCUCCAGCAGAAUCCAAGGCAAUGGCAUUCUCUACUGGCUACCCUGGUGGCUUUACCAUCCCUCGGCCUUCUGUGGGUGGAGUCCACUGCCAGGAACCCCGGAGGCAGUUGGCAGGGGGGCCGUGUGUGGGGGGCCUACCACCGUAUGCCACCUUCCCCAGACAAUGCCCGCCUGGGCGACCCUACUCCCAUCAGGACAACAUCCCUUCUCUGGAGCCAGGCAGUCACUCCAAGGAUGGAGUUCACAGGGCUGCAUUGCUACCCCCUCACUUCCGCGUGGCUGAUUCCUAUAGCAACGGCUACAGAGAGCCCCCUGAGCCAGAUGGAUGGGCUGGAGGUCCCCGGGGCCUUCCUUCAACCCAGACCAAAUGCAAACAGCCAAACUGCAGCUUCUAUGGACACCCUGAGACAAACAACUUCUGCUCCUGCUGUUACAGGGAAGAACUAAGGAGAAGGGAACGUGAACCGGGUGGGGAGCUGCUGGUGCACAGGUUCUGAAUGGGGAAACCUCAGUGGCAAGGGGGCUAAACAAAGUUAAGCUCAACUAAUUGGCUUUUAAGACCCAGCCCCCACGUUGAUGGGGCAAAUGCAGUAAUGUUUGUGGGAGCCCGGCUAAAAACUUUUAAAUGUGUGUGUGCUCUGGAGAGCUGCCAGGCUGGCAAGAGCAGGUCAGGGCUGGAUGGUGCCUUGAGGGCUGUACUGGUCCUUUGCCGAUCUUGACCUGACGGGACUGAAAGGGUACAAGGGGGAAAGAUGGUAAUUCUGUGUCAUGACCCCUUGGGUCCAGCCCGGGACCUGAGGGGAAGUAGUAAGGGAAGAUUUGGUGUGUAGGGUGGGGAGAUGGGCAGAAGUCUGGGGGAGGAACAGGCAAAGGAGGUUCUCGGUCAAUAAAUGAAAAAAACAGACCAAAGUUUUUUUAGGUUGGAAAAAGCACAUGAUGGUAGAGUUGGGAGUGUGGAGGGAAACUGGGAAAUUAGAUUUGCUGUUGACAUGAACUGAGGUAAAAAUUUAGGGUUGGAUAAAUUCUUCCUCCCGAAGGAUCUGGAAAGACAAGGCAAUAAUGUGUGCUCAUGGGUGUUUAUUAGGAAGGAGGGGGAUUGCUUAAAUCAGUUUAGUGAGAUGGAAAAGGGAAGAACUUAAAAGGGGAAUCUUUUUUCCUCUUGAGUUUUAUUUCCUUCUAAAUAGCCAUCUGUCAUCCUUCUAGUUUGAGAGGAGAUUGCUGAUUGCCCCUAUCUUUUCCCAUCCUUUUUGAGGGCUGAGCUCAGCUAAGUUAAGAAGGUUGUGAUUUUUUUUUUUUUUUAAGACUAAUUUUAUUAAAAAAAAAAAAAAAAAAAGUUCCCUCUGGGGAAGGGAAGAGAGUGAUGAGAAGAGCAGCUGUGUGUAUUGAAUUUUCUCCACGUGAACUGGUGCAGAGGUGAUCUUUUUUUAACUGCUUAGCAAUAACCACACAUUGGGGUUUGAGUGCACCUUGGGAUGGGUGGAAGGAGGACAGACUUUUGGCCAGACUGUUUCAAACAAAACCAAAAACCUAAAUAGAGCACUACCAUCUUC